AUGAUUAAAAACUUUGAGCUUUAAUCUGCCUUUAUCAGGUAUCCUUCGGAGAUAAUAAAGCAGGUAAAAGCGCAACUCGUCAGAUACAUGAUUACAAGCAUGGUACUGUGAAUUGUGAUGGAUUAAGGCUGAGCAAAAUGUAUAUUUAACCAACAUUCCCAUGCUGAUUAUGAUGAUGAAUCCAAACUCAAGUGAACCAGACUUGGUUUCAACAGUGGAAGAAAUACGUGAACGAUUGACAAAGUUUGACGUUCGCCACUAUAACGCUGAAUAUACUAUACCGGAAGGGUUUGUUUCAGCAAGUGUCCUCGUACCAUUGUUUAUAAAAGACGGACAGAUCGAUGUUCUUCUCACAUUGCGUGCUAAACAUUUGCGGUCACAUGCUGGAUUGGUCGCUUUUCCAGGAGGUCAUGUGGAUGAAACUGACCAAUCAGUUGUAGAGACCGCUUUACGAGAAGCAGAAGAAGAAAUUGGUCUUCCUGCCAAGGAUGUGGAUGUACUAACAGUACUUCCUCCGUGUUUUGUGCGACCAAAUAAAUUCGUGAGCUUAGUAGUUGGCAUCAUUCCAGCAAAUUUUGAGCCAGUUUUGAACGAAUCAGAGGUUUCUAAGGCUUUCAGUCUACCAUUAAAGAGAUUUUUGAAAGAAGAUGUGAAAAAAGAGUUUCCAUUGAAUGGGAUAGUUCAUUGGUUGUUCUUCUUUCAUGACAUAGUUGAUGGCGAAAAAAUUGAAACUUGGGGCUUCACUGGCAUGUAUUGUAUGCUGAUAGGGUUAGCCCUUACUACUUCCGACCUAACUAUCGAAGUCUCGAAAGGAAUCUAUGUAAAUAAAGACUCGGUGUUCCAAGAAAAGCGUACUUAUGAAGACUUUUUAAGGUGGACUACGGCACUUCGAAACGCAAAACUCUGAUGUCUGACUUAUUUUAAUGAUUGGCAGUUAUGGAUUUAACCACACAUACAAUAAAACAUAUGAAAUAAACUAAGUAAAAUGUAAUUAUGGUGAAAUAAAUUUAUAAUCAAG